AGAAACACUGGCGCGCAGUCACUCUCUGACACAAGCCGACACGAUGGCUCAAAGGACAGAGUUUACCAUCGCGUAGCUUCUUUGGAAACUUUUCUAAAGCCCACUGUAGAGAAACUUCGCCGUCCAAGACAGGCAGAAUGGCAGAAAACAUUACCCGAGUGAAAGAAGACGACGACGUGUCUUUAGUGUCAAAACUUGGAAGCAACAGCCCAAAACCUAGAGUCAAAUUCGGUGGCAUGUUCUGCAACGUAGAAGGAGCGUUUGAGAACAAAACCAUCGACUUUGAUUCCUUCAGCGUUGGGAGAAAAGGUGUCAACAAAGUGAAUUUCGUGGAGAGAAACCAAAAGUGCUCAACAGACACGAAGGAGCCGAGUGAAAAGCGCAAUGGAACGAGUCCUAACCCUGGUGUCGGUGGCCUCCGUGAACAAGAGGAACCAGUGGACAUCUUAGCAGAGACGCAGUCUUUGUAUGAACAUUGUGAUCUGGAGAACAUGAAACUGAGUGAUCGAUUAGUAAUCAAAGGAGGGAAGAUCGUUAAUGAUGACCAGUCUUUUUAUGCUGACAUUUAUGUGGAGGAUGGGAUAAUCAAGCAAAUAGGAGAGAACUUGAUUGUCCCUGGAGGGGUGAAAGUGAUCAAUGCUAGCAAUUACAUGGUGAUCCCUGGAGGAAUCGAUGUCAACACCAACCUGCACAUGCCUUACAUGGGAAUGACCCCAGCAGACGACUUCUACAACGGGACAAAGGCCGCACUGGCCGGAGGAACCACAAUGAUUAUUGACCACGUUCUUCCAGAGCCUGGAUCAAGCCUCCUAGCAGCGUAUGAUCAGUGGAGAGAGCUGGCUGACACCAAGGCAUGCUGUGAUUAUUCUCUACAUUUGGACAUUACACGCUGGCAUGAAAGUCUCAUAGAAGAAAUAGAGGCAUUAAUUAAAGACAAAGGUGUCAACUCAUUUCUUGUUUUCAUGGCUUACAAAGACAAGUAUCAAUGCACAGACUCCCAGGUAUACGAAAUGUUCAGUAUUAUGAGAGAACUGGGUGCCAUUGCUCUUGUCCAUGCAGAGAAUGGAGACAUCAUUGAAGAGGAGCAGAAACGAUUGCUGGAGUUUGGGAUUACAGGCCCUGAGGGACAUGUUCUUAGUCGACCUGAAGAGGUAGAAACUGAGGCUGUGUACCGCGCUAUAACUAUAGCCAAGCAAGCCAACUGUCCAAUCUACAUUACAAAAGUGAUGAGCAAAGGUGCGGCUGAUGUCAUUGCUCAAGCAAGACGAAAAGGCAUGGUUAUCUAUGGAGAGCCGACAGCAGCCAGCCUGGGGACUGAUGGGUCUCACUACUGGAGCAAGAACUGGGCUAAAGCUGCUGCUUUUGUCAUGUCUCCUCCAUUAAGUCCAGACAUCUCCACUCCUGACUACCUCAACUCUUUGCUGUCAUGUGGAGAUUUGCAAGUUACUGGCAGUGCUCAUUGCACCUUUACAACAGCGCAGAAAGCUGUUGGCAAAGACAACUUCACACUAAUUCCGGAAGGAGUCAAUGGAGUUGAAGAACGGAUGUCAAUAAUUUGGGACAAGUCUGUGGCAACAGGAAAAAUGGAUGAGAAUGAAUUUGUUGCAGUAACCAGUACAAAUGCUGCUAAAAUCUUCAACUUUUAUCCACGAAAAGGAAGGAUUGCUGUUGGCUCGGAUGCUGAUCUUGUCGUCUGGAACCCAAAGGGCACAAAGAUCAUCUCUGCCAAAUCUCACAUCUCGGUUGUCGAGUACAACAUCUUCGAAGGGAUGGAGUGUCGCGGAGCCCCAGUGGUUGUAAUAAGUCAGGGGAAAAUCGUCUUGGAGGAAGGUAACCUCCACGUAACAGAAGGGACUGGUCGUUUCAUACCGAGGAAAACAUUUUCUGACUAUGUUUACAAAAGAAUAAAAGCCAGAAAUUGGAUGGCUGAAGUUCGAGGUGUGCCUAGAGGAAUUUAUGAUGGGCCAGUGCAUGAUGUUACAAAAGCAGUGCCAUCCACCCCUUCAUCAAGAGGUUCAGUAUGCCCUGGCAAAGCCCAGAUGGUACCUGUUCGCAACUUACACCAAUCAGGAUUCACUUUAUCUGGUACUCAGAUGGAUGACCACAUUCCUCGACGCACAGCCCAGCGGAUUAUGGCUCCUCCCGGUGGUCGCUCCAACAUUAACUCCUUGUCUUGAUUCUUGUCUCUGUGUUUUCAUGCUCCUUGACUUCAGUUUGGUCGAUAGCCCGAAGUGUCAAACACUGCCAAGCGCCACAUCCAGAUUAAAAAAAAAGGGGAAUAAAAAGGUUUUGCCAGUUCCUUUUUAAUCUUACGGACUGUCAGAAUGAAACCGUGGGUUGACUCCCAAUGAACAAAUCCUUCUGUUUCCUAUACAAUGAAAGUUGACAUCAUGCCUUAGAAUUUUGACUACUGUAUGAAACGCAUGUGACAAAAAGGUGUUUUCAACAAUUACGGUGGAAUCUUCCAAACUUGUUCUGUUCAAAGCGGUGUCAAUGGUUGUGAUCCUUUUCUAAAUGCGUCACUUGAAUGAUUUUGUUUAUAUGCACCUGCUUACCCAGCAUCAGCAGAAAAGCUUGAUUUUAGUUAUGGUAGUAAUUUCUAGCAAGCCAGAAUAAAGCCAAACAUCCACACUUUCUAUAUCUCCCCCGUGUUCAGGAACCGCCAUUAUUAGAUUCACCCGUUAGCUUGUCCUUUAUUUAAUUCCUUAAUCUGCAGUUCGCUAUUUAUGUGUUAUUUUCAAAGCUUCUUUACGUUUCAAAGUCUGCAAACGCUCUCCUCCCGUUCCAUUUAUGUUGUUGUGUGUACGAGUAUACUGAGAACAAACUCGCCUACCGUGUAAUGCGGCUUUCGGCUGCACUGCAUCAUGGCGGAUGAAGACUUAACCCUCCAUACUGUGGACAUGUUUUUUUUAUAUAUACAGUACAUAUAUAAAUAGGUAUUGAUAAAUUUGUUUUCUAUAUAUAUUUUUAUCGGUGCUAUAUAACCACAUAUUCUACACUUCUGGUAUUAUUAGCAGUAAGUAUUGUACCCAUGAUGGCAUGUGACAUGUAUUACAUAACAGCAUGAUGACAUUUGUGGACAAACGGAGAACGGGGCGCACCAGACAACACACAGUUAUUUAUAAAAGCUCUUUUGUCUACAACUUUGAUGUGAUUUUUUUCUUCUUAAAGGUUUAAUGUGUUCUUAUACCUUUGUAAGCCUAAUAUUUCUACUUUGAUUACAUACUAAUAUGACUUGAAGGAUAAAGUAAUGUUUCUCAAAAACCUCCAUCUGUACUUUUGAACUGAAUGGUGAGCGACACAGUGUACUGUAUUUAUUGAUAAAGAAAAGGAGACAAAAGCAUUACAGUCUUUGGCUGUCUCUUUCUGUAGUGAUUCCUUCAUUCUCC